AUGAGGAUUGCACCUAAGGCGCACAUAUUGGACGUCCUCCGCUUGGAUGUAAUUGGAUCAAUACCAAUCAAUACCUAUAAGAGAGCCAUUCAGAUUGUUGGUGUACCUGACGAAAGAUACGGCGAAUCGGUAUGUGCCUGGAUUCGAUUGCACGAAUCAGCUGUUGGUGAAAUUAAUGAGGAGCACAUCAAGAACUGGUGCAAAGGAAAGAUCGCUCACUUCAAGAUUCCACGCUAUAUCCUUUUCAAGAAGGAGCACGAAUUCCCGCUCACAGUAACUGGAAAAGUGAAAAAAUUCGAAAUCAGGGAACAAUCAAAGAUCGAACUCGGCCUGCAACAGGUUGUUGACGUUAUGGUCGUGGUCUAUUGA